UUGGUACUAGGCAAGCGAAGCUCGAUCGAAGAAAAGCUAACAAGCUCGAUAUUGCUCGACUCUGUGAAGAGAUCCUAAAUCCUCCGGUUCCGAUGGCUCUUCGACUCUCUAGCAUUCUCAUGGGUGGUGUUGUGAUUCUUUAUGAGAAAAAAGUGAUGUUCCUUCAUGAUGAUGCUAAUCGGUUUCUGGUUGAAAUAAGGAACGCAUGGAAGGUAAUGGAAGAGCGAACAUUACUCCCGAAAGGAAAAUCAAAAGCCAAGAGAAAAUCCAUUACGCUACCUGAAAAUGAAGAAACCUCCAUGGGGUUCACUAAUGCUGGAGAACCUGAAGAAGAAACCUCUAUGGGGUUUAAGCAAAAUAAUCUUAAUAUGCAACUUGACCAAGUCGAUGAAUACUACAUUACCAGCAAUCCCAUGGAGGAUAAUAUUGCCAAUGACCACCAUCAAGUUGAUGACAAUGACAUCACCUUACCUGAUUUAUUUCAGCCUAAUACCAAUAGUCAUGGUCGUUUUGAAAGAUUUGAAGUUGAUGAGGGAACACAAGUAAACUUCUCUUUGGAUGAGCAUAUUGAGAUGCACCCUACUCCUAUUCCUUCCUCAGCUCGGCAAGUUGAGCCUCAAAGAGCUGGAGGAAGCCAAGAGCAGUAUCGAGAGAACGAGUUAGGUCAACAAUUUAAAAGAAACAAAGAAGCCAGAAGGCAGGUGCGAGGAAAACAAAAAACAAGAAAGCCCAAAGGAAUUAUUACGGAUGAGGAGCAAACUGUUAUUUCUAAUCAUGUUUACCACUCCUGGCUUCAUGAAACUUCAGAUAUUGUAUCAAGAACUCGAAGGAAGAAAAGGGGGCCCGCAAGCGUUCUGUCUUCUUUGAAGAUAGCAAAGCUCAUGGAUCUCCCAUCUAUUGUGCUAAUGGAUGAUAUGUUUGUGAAAGGAAACCAAGAAAUCCCUUACCCAGAACCACUUUUGGACCUGUGGAAGAAAAGCAAUCAACCUCACCAUGACUCACCUUCUGUGAGAACCUUACCUCGUAAACCAAAACCUCAUGAACCUUCUUCUACAGAGAGAUUACAUUCUGAUUAUCAAAUGGAUUAUCCUUUCGAAGAUCUUCACAGUGGAAUUGGUUCCCCAUCUCAUGUUGCUGCAGUAGAGUUACCGCGAAGUAAGGAAACUAAAGGGACACCAGUGGAAAUUAAUCACUUUGUCUCGUCAGGAAACUCUGGAGAUGCAGUAAGAUCCAAUGGUAGCUCAGUAUCCGGAGAUGGAAUCCCCUUGGGUAACUUAGAAGUAAAUAAAGAAAGGGUUGGGUCAAAGAAGAAGAAUGUGCGAUCAACAUCGAGAAACAAUAGUGGUCUUGACACAGUGCAUGAAGCGUUUUGUGAAGCGGAUACUGAUUACAAGUUAACAAGGCCAGGAAGGAAAAACUUGGCAGCUGAUCCAGAUUUCAUGGUGGUAACUCAACUUACAAGGGAAACUCCCGUGGAUGAUCCUCCUUCGGACAUAAUGACCGAGAACAUCAAGACGCAUAUGAAAAUACAUUUUGAAACGCCAGGAGCUCCUAAAGUAGAAUCCCUAGAGAACUUGGCAGCGGGGUUGAGCAGAAAAGGAGCAGCUCAGCUCUUCUAUCAGACAUGUGUUCUUGCUUCUCAAGGUUUCUUGAAAGUGAAACAGCAUGUUCCUUUUGGAGACAUUUCCAUCUCUAAAGGAGCAAAGAUGUGAGGCCAG